AUGGGUGGAAAUGUAUUCGAAAAUACACGGCGCCUCACUCCAGAGGCGUACCAGUCGACUGUGGACGUGGUAGCUGCAGCAGUCGCAGACGCCAACACGAAGAACCUCUGGGGCAAACAUCAUGCAUUGAUGGUCUCGGCACCCCCUUCUUUAGCGGAUAAGACUUCCUUUGGCGACGUGGACAUUUUGAUUGGUCUCCCCUCUGCUCUUGACAAUGAUGAAGCACGCUCAUUCAUGGCAGAAGUCGCAAGAUCAGUGUUCGACGCAGUUGGUGGACUUGAUCGGACGACCUCAAAGAGCGGGAAACAGAAUCACAUUCUUACAAAAGAUCGGUUCCAAUUGGACUUGGCCUUUGUCGACGAAGCAAAGUUUGCAACAUCGGUUGCGUGCGCGUCUCAUGGACGGUUUAUGCACCUUUUGAACAUGAUGCUGACGAAGCAAGCCUUGAAAAUGACAGAUGAUGGCCUCAAGGUUGGCACCGGUGUGGGAGGAGGCAAGAAUAGAAAAAAGCGCACGAAUACCAAUGACGUAGUGUUGUGCCGGGAUCUAGACCAAAUCGCGGAUUUCUUUGGCUUCGACAAGGCCAUCUUUGAUGGUGUCACUCGCUUUUCUGCAAGCGACAUUAUAUCAAUAAUCAUGGACUGCCGCUUCUUUGAUAUCCGAAGGUUCCACAACCUAGAUUCCAGGCAAGACUUGUUGAAAGCCUCUCCUCUUUUUGUGGAGCUUCGGGAUCGAAUCGUUGCGCUGGGAGGGGAUGGUCCUGCCUACCAGGCUUACUGUCGCAACAUCUCGGGUCCCCGAAAGGCCGGACGAAUCACUGCAGAAGCGUUUGGCAUUGAUUUUGACGAGCUCAAGCAUAAUAGUGGUGAGAUCCAGGCUGAAGCCAUCGCGAGGAAACGGCUCCACGGUGGCAUGUUUAUCAGGUUGGUCCCAGAAAUGCGACAUCACAAGCAACUCCUUCCUCAAAUGCCAGACUUGUUGUUGGUGAGAGUAUCCCAGGACGGCAAUUGGGGCUCCCUCCUCGUGUGGUGCGACACGGCCAGCGUGCGAGAGCAAAUGCAGGUAGUCGAAGAAAUCUUGGCGAAAGCGAUUGCGAGCAACGGAGAGCCAAUGAAAGAGUAG